AUGAGCUCGCUGGCAGACCACACAGAACGACUCGCAUCACACACGCUACGGAACAUUUGGCACGACUCAACCUUACGGGUGGACUGUACGGGGCGCGACACCUGCACCCGCCGCACAUGGAACACCUGCACCAGCGACCGAGACUCACGGAACGACUCAAUUCCAGGAGUCAGAGGCUGGCGGUCAGACGGAGAUCUCGUAGUUGCAGUCGUAGACGGAGGCGCGGUCGGGCGGCGCGGCGGGCGGCGCGCGCUCCAGCCGGUCCUGCACCUCCAGCGCGCGCACGAAGGACAGCGGGCGCGCGGGCGGCGCCGGCCGGCGGCGGCGGCUGUGCGGCGACCUCUCCGCCCACAGGUACGUGCCGCGCUGCGGGCUGGCGGCCAGCUCGCGGACGUCGUGCGGCGCGGGGUGCGGCGCGGGGGGCGCGGGGGUGGCGGCGGCCGGCUCGUCCCUCAGCAGCUCGCCCUCGGAGAGGAACCUCCUCUGCGGCGAGCCCCGCACCCCGAUGAAGUCCGGGCGGCGCGGCUGGGUGGGCGUGCCGGGGUUGGACCUGUGCGCGGGGCGGGCGCUCACGUCAGGGGUUUAAUCGCGCGAGCUCGUCCGAGCGCUCGCUAUCGUUAUCGUACGGCCUACGGACAGAAGGAUAAGGAGCUGCGGGGAGAAGCGACCCGACCCGCUCCCGGCGGCUGA